AUGAAUUCUACACAGUUGGUACAGUGUCAUAUUGAAAAAAUAUUGACAUAUUUGGAGCCUUUGCUUCCUUUAGCCAAUUGUCAUAUGGUGGAUUUUUUCACAAAGAACAUAUUCAAGAAUUACAUCAGUCCUGAAAUCAGAAAUGAAAUAAAUUCAACGUCCCAUUCUCAAGUGAUCCAAAAUAUAUUCGGAAACAACUAUACAGGCCUUCCAGUUUUGAAACAAUAUUAUGAAUCGUGUAACUCAUGUUCUUUGUUAGAAAAUGCUGAAGUAUGUUUAACCCUUGAAGAAUUUUAUGAUAAACUGAAAUCAUUCGGUUGUAAAAACAUGAACGGCCUCAAGUUGAAUAUAUUCAUGUCGCAGAAAAAAUCCCAUGAAGUUGAAAUAUUGAGUUCUAUCGUCGCUGCUCUUGUGGAAUUAGGUGAAACAACUCAUAUCAUUGAUGUGGGGGACGGAAAAGGCUAUUUGAGUUCUAUGCUGGCGCUUCAUCAUAAAAUACCUGUUUUGGGAAUAGAUGCGUCUCCCAAUAACUCCAAAGCAGCAGUAGAAAGGGUGCAGAAGUUGGAAAAAAUCUGGCACAGCGUCUAUGAUAACCCGAAGAAGUCAGUUCCGAAAAAAGAUGACUUGAAUCGCACACCCAGCAAUCAUUUGUAUAAACAAGUUACAAAGUUCGUCCAACCUGAUAAGGAUUUUGUAAAAAACACUUCAGAUGUCUUUGAGGAAAAGAUACAAGGGGUCAGUUUGGCUGGACUUCACACCUGCGGGAAUUUAGCCCCUACUUGUUUGAAGAUUUACAAUGACGAUGCUUACAUUAGGACUUUAUCGAAUGUUGGUUGUUGUUAUCAUUUGUUGAGUGAAAAAUUUGAAUGUAACGACAGUGGAAAUUCAAGUGGUUUUCCUAUGAGUGACUAUUUGGUGAGGAAAAAAUUUUCCAUAGGCAGAAACGCAAGGAUGGUUGCAUCGCAAUCUGUCAAGAGGAUUUUUGACAAAAAGGAACUUCCAGACAUGUCUAUAUUUUACCGUGCUUUACUUCAAGUCGUCUUGGAGGAGAAAUGUCAAAAGUUACCUGACAAGAAUGUAGGUAAAACGAGAAAAAAAUUCAAUAAGAACUUCACCGAGUAUGUGUAUAUGGCCUUGAGGAAACUAGAGUUGAAUGUCGACGAUUUGGAUAUCACCGAAGAUUAUUUGAGGAAUCUUUACAGCCAGUAUGAACCAAGGCUGUCGGAGUUGAAUAUAUUUUAUUUGAUAAGGUCCAUGACUUCGCAGAUUAUAGAAAGUUUGAUUAUGUUGGACAGAUUGUUGUUUCUUUUAGAGCAAGGACAUGAAAAUUCAUUUUUAGUGCGGUUAUUUGAUCCUGUGGUAUCUCCAAGGUGUUAUGGUGUUAUAUCAUUGAAAUGUUGAAAUUAUGUUAAAUGUUAUCGAAAGGAAUAAAUAGUAUCAUCGUCA